AUGGCCGCCACCCGACUCGACCGGCUCGUCUCCCUCCUCGACUCGGGUUCCACGCCGGCCAUCCGAGCGACGGCCGCCAAGCAGCUCGGUCAGAUCGCCGCCGUCCGCAUCCGCGGGCAGAGCACAGCGCAGCAGGCCGCCAGCGUACACUUCAAGUCGUCUUCGGCGGCUGCCGGCGAGCCCCCCUCGGCCGCCUCGGCAGCUGCCCAGAGGCAUCGCGGCGAUGGCGGCUUGGCCUCGGGCACCUCGACCCCGGCCUACGACGCCGAGGCCGACGGCGCCAAGCGCGAGGAUCUCGCCGGCGCCGGCGCCGCCAACACAAAGUACGGCACCAGCGAUCAGCGCAGCAGGCAGCAAAGGUUCGAGGAGCCCUCGAGCGCCGACGACGCCGGCCUCUACCGCGGCACCGAGGGCGACUGGGACGAAAUCAUUUCGUACCUCGCCCGCGUCAUCCCCUUCCUGAGGUCCAAGAGCUGGGACACGCGCGUCGCCGCCUCGCUCGCCGUCGAGAGCAUAUGCCACGCCGCCGGCAUCUGGGACCCCGACAUCGAGGCCACCAAGCCAGGGCAGAGCUCAAAGACGCUCCUCGACGCCGCGGCGGCCGGGGACGAUGCCGCGCAUGCCCAUGCAUCUUCCUCGGAUGCUUCUGCAGGCGGCGGCGACGGCGACGGCCUGCUGACCUUCGACACCUUUUCGCUGCCCAAGGUGCUCGCCAUCGGCACCAAGCUACUGUCCUCGGCCGGCAAGGAGUACGACAUCGCCAACCUCGGCGACCCGAGCCGGCUGGCGCAGGCCAAAAAGGACGUGGUCAGCAAGCUCGGACUCGGUUUCGGCAUGGACAUGGACCUCGGCCUCGACGUCGAAGCCGAGCUGCAGACGGGCGAGGCGGCCAACCCCGCCAAUGGCCACGGCACCGGCAACGGCGCCUCGUCCGCAACGCCGACCGUCGACUGGCGGACGGCGGCCACGUCCGGCAAGCCUACCGGCCUCCCACCCCCGAAAUUCGCCCAGGGCGGGUCCACUAGCCUGCCGCCGCCCAAGUUUGCCGGAUCCACGGCCGCCACCGCCGCCAAUGCCUCGUCGUCGGCCCCCUCGCCGAGCCCGGCACCCUCGGAGACGCCGACCGAAGAGAUUGACAUGAGCAAGCUGAGCGCACGAGAGCGCAACCAGCUCAAGCGCAAGCGGAAGCUCGAAGGCAAGUCGGGCGGCGCCCCGAGCGCCGCGCCCGAUGUCAAGACGAGGAUCGUCGAGGCCAGCGAGUCGCCCGCCCCUGCCGCGUCGAGUACCGGCGUGCGGGUCAAGACGCCCUCGGGCUUCCCGCAGACGCCCGCAACGCCCGCAAACGGACGCGGAGCCGGCGCGACCGACUACAUCAACGCUCAGCCACCUCCGACGCCGCGCAGCCCGGCCGGAGGGCCCGGCUCGCAUCCGGCCGUUACCAACUCGCUGGCCACCCCGACCCCUGUCAACGAAGCGGCCGUCUCGCCCGGCCCGGCGAUGUCUGGCGGAGCCGGCGGCGGCUCAGCCUCGACCUCGUCCUUCAACAGCGGUGCCGCCAGCGCCUUUCAAGCGCGGCCAGGCGAGUGGCCCUUCCGCGUCGUGGUUGAUACGCUGAGCGUUGACCUCUUCAGCCCGAUGUGGGAGACGCGGCACGGCGCGGCGCUCGGCCUGCGCGAGCUGCUCAAGUGCCAGGGCUCCGGCGGCGGCAAGGUGCAGCUGGCCUCGGUCGAGGACAACGCGCGCAGCCACAAGGCGUGGUGCGACGACCUCGCCGUCAAGCUGCUGUGCGUGUUCGCCCUCGACCGCCUGGGCGACUUUGUCUUUGACCAGGUGGUGGCGCCCGUGCGCGAGACCGUCAGCCAGACGCUGGCGUGCCUCAUGCCGCACAUGCCCAUCGUCUCGGUGGUGUCGGUGCACAACGUGCUGCUCCAGAUGAUCCGCCAGGACCACGUCGUCGCCGCCGCUGCGACGGCCGGAGAGGGCGACGCGGGCCCCGGUGGCGGUGGCGGGUCGGGCUUCGCGGCCAAGCGCGGCAGCAAGGGCUACGUGUGGGAGGUCAGGCACGCUGGUCUGCUCGGAUUAAAGUACGAGGUCGUCGUCAAGAAGGACCUCCUCUUUGGGAGCCGCGAGGCCCGUUUCGAUGGCAUGGUCAAGAAGGAGGACGACGACGAGAACGAGGAUGUCAAGGCAGGCAUGGGGUCCGACGCGGCCGCCGCGGCGCCGCCGACCCCCGUCAACAUCCUCGACGACGUGCUCGAUGUGGCCAUCCUCGGCCUCAAGGACGAGGACGACGACGUCCGUGCCGUGGCGGCCGCCACGCUGCUGCCCAUCGUCGACGUCGUCGUCUCGCAGUCGCCCGGCCACGUCAUCCGGCUGCUGGACCAGGUGUGGGACUGCCUCGGCGACCUCAAGGACGACCUCUCGAGCAGCAUCGGCGGCGUCAUGGAUCUGCUGGCCAAGCUCGUCGAGCACCCGGCCGUCAUCGAGCCGCUCAAGGCCGAGGACGGCGAUCGCUCGCUCUCGGACCUCAUCCCGCGCCUCUUUCCCUUCUUCCGCCACACCAUCACCAGCGUGCGGCUGUCGGUGCUCAACGCGCUCAAGGUGUUCCUCACGGUGCCCUCGCUGCCCAAGGAGUGGAUCGACGAGCGCGUGCUCCGGCUGCUGCUCCAGAACCUCGUAGUCGAGGAGCGCCUGCCCAUCCGCCGCGCCAGCGCCGAGGCGUGGUCCCACGCGCUCGCCCACGUCUCGGCGGAUGCGGCGCGGCUCAGCGCGCUGCUCGGCCCCUACAUCCCCAACUUUUUCCGCAUCAUCAUGACACCGCUCGGCUCGCCGAUCGACUUUUCGCUCUUCUACGAUCCCUCGACGGCGCUGGGCGGCGGCGGCGGAGGCGGAUCGUCGUCGACGGUCCGGCACAAUGUCGACAAGAACAUCCUCGCCCAGGACCUCUCGCUGGUCGGCGUCGACGCCGUCAUCCGUGGUCGGCUAGGCGCCGCCGAGGCCCUCGGCGCGGCGAUGGCCAACUGCCCACGGGAAAACGACGAGGCGGCGUUCGGCGCGCUGCUGCGCGACUACCUCGACUCGACGUCGGCGCUGCAAAAGUGCCUCACCGCCGCCGUCAUCCAGGAAUGGGCGGAGCGGGCGUCGUCGGGCGAGCGCGGCGACCUCAAGGACCAGAGUCCGCUCGCGCUCGACGUCAGCGGACGGCUCAUCUCGCUGCUCGAGACGCCCCCGCCGCCUACCUAUGCCGAGAUGACGGUGAUGCUGCAGCGGAUCCAGGCCGAGUGCCAGGGGCUCUACAACGCCUUUGGCCGCGACGCCAAGCUGGCCAAGGCCAAGAUCCCGGCGCUGCCCACCACCGUCGACCCGCUGGGCAUGCUGGUCGACGCCUUCACCAUCGAGACGGCCAAGCACGUGGCGCAGCAGGGCUUCGACUCGCUACUGGUCCAGGUCGGCUCGCGGGCCAAGAAGGCGGCGCUGCCGCUGCUCGAGGACCGCCAGCGCAAGCUGAUCGCCGCCAUCGGCUUCUACCAGGCCACCAAGGACAAGCAGGACAUCCAGGUGUACGCGUCCACCGCCAGCGCCGUCAUCUCGCUCAAGGUGCUCCCCUCGAAGCUCAACCCGGUGAUCCGCAGCAUCAUGAACAGCGUCAAGUUCGAGGAGAACCUCGACCUCCAGACGCGCUCGGCGCGCGCCGUCGCCCGCUUCGUCGCCUUUUGCACGUCGUCGGCGGCCAAGUCGAACCCGAGCGACAAGAUCGUCAAGAACCUGUGCGCCUUUGUCUGCCAGGACACGACGCAGGUGGCCAUCUUUGCCAACGUCCGGGACGUCCACGAGGGCAUCCUCAGCCUCGGCGAGCAGGCGGCGACGUCUUCGUCGGCUGCGGGCCCGGCCCCGGCGGGCAGCGGCAGGUCACUGGGCCGGCCCAAGGACGAGCCUGUCGAGUCGGAGGAGGUGCGCCAGGGCAAGCUGAUCCGGCGCGGCGCCGAGACGGCCAUCGCGCAGCUGGCGGACCACUUUGAGCUGCAGCUGUUCGACGUGGUGCCGAUGCUGUGGGAGUGCAUGAGCGCCGCGCUGCUGCGGACGUUUGCCACGUCGGCGGCCGACGGCGAUGCGGCCAUCGCGGCGCACGACGAGGCGGGACAGGGCGUGCUCGACGCCUGCGCGCUGCUGCGCGUCAUUGUGCCCCACCUCAAGGGCCGGCUGGCCGCGCGCGUCGCCGACCUGCUGCCGGCGCUGACGAUGGCCGUCCAGAGCCGGUACGCGGCGGUCCGCUCGGCGGCGGCCCGGUGCUUUGCGGCCGUCUCCGACUGCCUGACGCAGGUGGCGCUGCGGCACGUCGUCGAGCAGGUGGUGCCGCUGGUGGGCGACGCCGGCAGCGUGACGAGCCGCCAGGGCGCCAUCGAGCUCGUCUUCCACGCCGUCCAGCUGCUCGACCUCAAGAUCCUGCCCUACGUCAUCUUCCUCGUCGUCCCCGUCCUUGGCCGGAUGAGCGAUGCCGACGAGCACGUGCGGCUGAUGGCCACCAACACGUUUGCGUCGCUGGUCAAGAUGGUGCCGCUCGAGGCCGGCCUGCCGGACCCCGAGGGCUUCUCGCCCGAGCUGCUGCAGCGCCGCCAGGAGGAGCGCCGGUUCCUCACGCAGCUGCUCGACGGCAACAAGGUCGAGGCGUACGAGGUGCCCGUCAAGAUCAACGCCCAGCUCCGCAAGUACCAGCGCGACGGCGUCAGCUGGAUGGCGUUCCUGGCAAAGUACCACCUGCACGGCAUCCUGUGCGACGACAUGGGGCUGGGCAAGACGCUCCAGUCGAUCACGAUCCUUUCGAGCAAGCACCACGAGCGCGCGGAGCGCUUCAAGGCGACGGGGUUGCCCGACGCCCGGCACCUGCCGAGCCUCAUCGUGUGCCCGCCGACGCUGACGAGCCACUGGGUGCACGAGAUCCGGCAGUACUCGACCAACCUGCGCCCGCUCCUCUACUCGGGCCUGCCGGCCGACCGCGCGCGGCUGCAGGCGCAGAUCGCGAGCCACGACGCCGUCGUCAUGUCGUACGACGUCGUGCGCAACGACAUUGCGGCGCUGUCGCAACUCAGCUGGAACUACUGCAUCCUCGACGAGGGCCACGUCAUCCGCUCGGCCAAGACCAAGACGACGCGCGCCGUCAAGAUGAUCCGCGCCCACCACCGCCUCAUCCUGUCGGGCACGCCCAUCCAGAACAAUGUGCUGGAGCUGUGGAGCCUGUUUGACUUCCUGAUGCCCGGCUUCCUCGGCACCGAGAAGGCGUUCCACGACAAGUUUGGCAAGCCCAUCAUCGCGUCGCGCGACGGCAAGCUGUCAUCGCGCGAGCAGGAGGCGGCGGCGCUGGCGCUCGAGGCGCUCCACAAGCAGGUGCUCCCCUUCCUGCUGCGCCGGCUCAAGGAGGACGUUCUCGACGACCUGCCGCCCAAGAUCAUCCAGGACAUCGAGUGCGACCUGAGCGACGUCCAGAAGCAGCUCUACGACGACUUUAGCAAGACCGAGGACCAGGACGAGGUCGAGGCCGCCUUCGGCGGCGGCGGCGGCGGCGGCGGCGGCGGCGGCAACCCCGAGCAAAAGCAGCACGUCUUCAAGGCGCUGCAGUACAUGCGCAAACUCGUCAACCACCCCAAGCUGAUCCUCAAGGACGAGGAUCCCAAGCAUGCCGCCAUCAAGCAGAAGCUGCUCAAGGGCGGCGGCAACCUCGACGACAUCGCCAAUGCGCCCAAGCUGCAGGCCCUCAAGCAACUGCUCAACGACUGUGGUAUUGGCAACCCGUCGGCAUCGGCCGAGGCGGAUGCGCUGUCGGCGCCCGAGUCGGCCGUGUCGCAGCACCGCGUGCUCAUCUUCUGCCAGCUCAAGCAGAUGAUGGACAUUAUCGAGACUGACCUCUUCCGCGCCGUGAUGCCGUCGGUGAGCUACAUGCGGCUCGACGGCAGCGUGUCGACCGAGAAGCGGCACGGCAUCGUCCAGACGUUCAACGCCGACCCGUCGAUCGACGUGCUGCUGCUCACCACCCAGGUGGGCGGCCUGGGCCUGACGUUGACGGGCGCCGACACCGUCAUCUUUGUCGAGCACGACUGGAACCCGAUGAAGGACCUGCAGGCCAUGGACCGCGCCCACCGUCUCGGCCAGAAAAAGGUCGUCAACGUCUACCGCCUCAUUACCCGCAACACGCUCGAGGCGAGGAUCAUGGGCCUGCAACGGUUCAAGCUCAACAUUGCCAACUCGGUGGUGACGCAGCAAAACAGCGGGCUGGAGAGCAUGGAGACGGACCAGAUCCUCGACCUAUUCGACGCGCCGACGGGAAAAGACGGCAGCGACGGCGCUGGAGCGGGGCGCAAGGGCGUGGGCGCCGACGGGGGCAGGAUCAGCCAAAAGGCGCUGCUCGAGAACCUCGAGGCGAUGCCCGAGACCGAGGAGGCAGAGUAUGCGGCCAUGAGCGGCUGGAGGCCCGACCAGGCAUCGUAG